AUGCAGACUGCUUCUACAAACAUUUGUGAAAGACUGUGUAAUAAGUCCAUCCAUGAAAUUUCCUUGCUACUAAAUAUUCCAUGGGCAACUGUUAGUGGUAUUAUAAUGAAGUGGAAGCAACUGGAAACAACAGCAAUUCAGCCACAAAGUGGUAGGCCACGUAAAAUGAAAGAGUGAGGUCAUCGCAUGCUGCAGCGCACAGUGCACAGAAGUUGCCAACUGUCUACAGAGUCAAUAGUUAACAACCUCCAAACUUUGUGUGGCCUUCAGAUUAGCACAACAACAGUGAGUAGAGAGUUUCAUGGAAUUGGUUUCCAUUCAGCUGCAUUCAAGCCUUACAUCAUCAAGUGCAAUGCAAAGCGUUGGAUGUAGUGGUGUACAGCACGCCACAACUAGACUCUA